AUGGAUAAUAUGCGAGAAACGAAAACACCAAAUCAACAAUAUCAAGUGAUGCUCGAGCCAAUGCACGAGGCAACAAGACGUGGAUUGCACAUACUAAAGACAGAAAGCAAGGGUUUCACGUGGCGUCAAUGGUUUGCUCUUUUGAUUGCUGUGUUUUCUUUGGGACUUGUCUUCUUUUCACUCAUCAUACAACAGCCAAAUACGCAUUAUGAUCGCUCUCUCGAUUCCGAACUUGCCAAAUACAUUCAUGUUUCUCCAGAAGCCGCAAAUCUACCCAAAAAAGGACAAUUGUUUUGUUGGACAAUGACCGCAAAAGGAUAUCAUAAAACAAGAGCCCCAGCCGUCAAUGAAACGUGGCUUCCGAGGUGUGAUCAUGGGCAAUUUUUCACGAAUUUUCCCUUUGAUUCCGAGUUGAAAAUCGCUCACUCUACCAUAUUCGCCGGCAUUCCCGAUUCAUACAGUAAUCUUUUCUUCAAAAGUCGAUACGCUUUUUUUCACAUCUACACCAAGAUUUCGAAGGAUUUCGAGUGGUAUUUAAAGGCUGAUGAUGACACUUAUGUAAUCGUUGAGAAUCUUCGCAGCUACCUAUCAAAGCUUAAUCCCGAUCUUCCAUAUUAUAUCGGAUAUCGAUUGAGACCGUAUCUGGAACACGGUUACAAUGCGGGUGGCGCGGGUUACGUUCUCUCAAGAGCGGCAAUGAAGAUCUUCGCCGAACAACUCUAUUCAAAUGCCAGCCUUUGUCCGGACGAUAUUUACGAAGAUGUGGGCAUUGGGAGAUGUCUGGCCAAUGUGGGGAUCUAUCCAUUGGAUACAAGAAAUAGUCGAGGACAACAAAGAUUUAACACUUUCCGACCGGAUGAAGUGUUUCAUGGAAGUGUGGUGGAGAGUCCCUAUUGGAUGUACGAUGUGGAGAUUCGGGGCUACGAUGGUGUUGGCACGGAUCUGAUCUCUUUUCAUCAUUUGACUCCCGACGAAAUUCGCCUCUUUGACAUUUUACUUUAUCGAGUUCGUAAACCUUCGAACAUUUCAUUA